UAACUGGUAUUGUGAAGUUUCGCCAUACUUAUAUAAACCCUAAAAAAGAAGUUGCUUGAAGCUUUUACAAACCAAGUGGGCUAAAUGGCAACAUUCGUAAAAAUUUUGAUUGGGAGUAUUUUGGUUGCAUAUUUAGCUAUGAAAUGGACUGCACCUAGUUUUGAUCCAGAAUCUCUCAAAGGUGCCAGGGUGUUGGUCACCGGGGCCAGUACAGGCAUUGGUGAACAAAUGGCGUAUCAUUAUGCCCGCUUUGGAGCCCAGAUUGUCAUCACAGCAAGGAGGGAGAAAGUUUUACAGCAGGUAGUUGAGAAGUGUCUGAGUCUGGGGGCUCAGAAAGCCCUGCACAUAGCAGCAGACAUGGCCAAUGAGUCUGACCCUGAAAGGGUGGUCGAUUUUGCUCUGGAAAAACUGGGAGGCUUGGACUACCUGGUUCUCAACCACAUUGGCUCGACUACCUUUGGCAUGUGGGAGGGAGAUGUGGAACAUACCAGGUGGUUAAUGAAGGUCAAUUUCUUUAGCUACAUUCAGAUGGCCUGGAGAGCUUUGCCCUCUCUUGAGCAAAGUAAAGGAUCUUUGGUGGUUGUUUCAUCAGUUUUAGGUAAAAUGACGAACCCCUUCACACUACCAUACAGCUCAACAAAAUUUGCCCUAAGUGGAUUCUUUGGGUCCCUUUAUCAUGAGCUGGCCAUGAAGAAAAGCAAUGUGUCAAUCUCAGUAUGCACCCUGGGGCUUAUUGAUACUGAUUCAGCCAUGGACAAAGUCAGGGGCAUUACAAAAGUACCAGCCUACCCCGCCACAGAAGCUGCAUUAAAUAUCAUCAUCGCUGGAGCAACAAGACAACUGGACCUUUACUAUCCAUGGUUCACACAAGUCAUAACUCUAAUCAAAGACUGGUCUCCUUCAUUAACAAACUACAUCAUCCAGAACUCCUAUAGCUACAUUCCAUGAACAAUGUUCGUUUGCAGCAUUAAUGCUGUUAUGGACCCAUAUAUGUGUUUCAUUUUGUGCUGCAAUAUCGGC